UGCAUUAGUUUAUCAAGUAAUGCUAGCUGGAAUUUGUGAGAAAAGUCCAAGUUUUUGGACCAUAUUUGAAUAUCAUACCCCAACUUGAAUUAUUAAAUAACAACACAACUGGACUUGCAAUAAUAUACACUGAUUAUAAAGGUUCAAAUAGCCUUAACAAAAAACAAACAAACAUCCUAGUUCAAAAUUACUUACCAUUUCCAAUGGGGUCUCUUUUAAAAACUGUACAAGAAGUGGUUCUUGAAGGAGGACAAGUGCCUGAAUAUUUUCUGUACAAAGAUGGUCAUGGCGGAUCUCGGGAUGUCCCAUUCAUCGAUAUUCCGGUUGUUGAUGUUGGCCUUCUUGCUACUUCUUCACAAGAGCUUCAGAAGCUCAACUCAGCUCUCACUAACUUUGGUUGCUUUCAGGCAAUAAACCAUGGUAUGUCAGUUGAAUAUUUGAAUCAAUUGCGAGAAAUUACAAGAGAGUUUUUCCAACUUCCAUUGGAAGAGAAGAAAAAAUACUUGAAACAAGAAAAUGAUAUUGAAGGAUAUGGGAAUGACAAUGUUUAUUCAGAUCAACAAAAAGGAGAUUGGAAUGAUCGUUUGUUCCUUUCUUUGUAUCCAGAACAACAACGAAGGCUCAAACUUUGGCCCGAAAAUCCUAAAGCUUUUCGGUCUAUUGUACGUGAAUAUUCUGAGAAGAUUAAAUCAAUAAGUGAGAUUAUCCUUAAGGCCAUGGCAAGGUCACUAAACUUGGAAGAGAAUUGCUUUGUGGAGCAGUAUGGACAAAGAUCAAAACUGAAUGGAAGGUUCACCUUAUACCCGAAAUGUCCAAGGCCUGACCUUAUUGUUGGUAGCAAACCACAUGGAGAUGCAUCUGCAAUCACUCUUCUCUUGCAAGACCAAUCAAUUGAUGGUCUGCAGAUUUUGAAAGACAACCAAUGGUUCAAAGCUCCAUCCAUUCCCGAGGCGCUUCUCGUUAAUGUUGGUGAUCAAGCCGAGAUAUCAAGUAAUGGAGCAUUCAAGAGCGCGAUACAUAAAGUUUUGACAAAUUCAGAAAGGGAGAGAAUUUCUUUGGCUGUGUUUUAUGUUCCAGAGCAGGAUAAAUUGGUCGGACCUUUAGAAGGGUUGAUCGAUGAAUCAAGACCCAAAUUGUACACAACAGUCAAAAACUAUGUUAACACUUAUCUCCAAUACUAUCAUCAAGGGAAGAAGGCAAUAGAAGAAACAAAAAUCCAAUACUAAUAUUUCCAUGCUUUUAAUAUUGGGAAUAGUUGUGUUGUUUGGCAAUCAAAUAAGAACUUGCAAAUUGGUAUAUCAAAAAUAAGAUAAUACAGCUUAUAUAUGAAACAUAUUGUUGUUUUAAAUGACAAAUCUUUAGGCCAGUAGUUCUAUGUUGUGUCAAUUUUGUUGGAUUCUAUUAUCAAAUUAUUGGCGUUUUACUGUGUUAUACUUUUGAUCUAA